UCAAGGGUCAAACUGCUGCAGAGGACAUAGGCUGAUUUCCAUUAUGUUUCUCGAUGACCUCCACUGCAGUGUAUGAUAAUGCGCAAAUGGAUGCACACAUGUCAGCUCCAGCGCGUGUUUUCCGGCCUGUACCUCCAUGUUCUGUUCCUUUUGGGCAGCGUGCGUCUGGGCUCUGGCGACUGUAGCCCCGAGCAACUGGCGGCCAUCAUGAACUGCUCCAAACACGAACGGCACACUCGUAACUACGACUACAUGGAGGGCGGAGACGUGCGCAUCCGACAGCUCUUCAGCCGGACGCAGUGGUUCCUCAGCAUCGAUGACGGCGGGAACAUCACGGGGACGCAGGACCCCACCAACUGCUACAGUAUACUGGAGAUCAGGACGGUCUCGGAGGGAGGGAUUCUGGCCAUCAAAGGAGUCAAGAGUCAAUAUUAUAUCUGCAUGAACAAGGCUGGACAGCUGCAAGCCAAGAGACUCUACACUGAUAACUGCAACUUCAAGGAGGUCUUCUUAGAAAACUACUUCAACGCCUACUCCUCCGUGAAGUGGACUAAAAACGGCAAGCAGAUGUUCAUCGCCCUGUCUCAGAAGGGCCGUCCCGUGAGAGGGAAGAAAACCAGGAGGGAGAACGUCGCUUCUCAUUUCAUCCCAAUGCAGUGUCGCGAGGAGGCGGGGCGGAUAGACUGAAGACUGU